AUGGGAUUUAUCAUUUGGGUCUCUAUCCAAAUGAACCCGGAAAGCUGGGUUGGACGUACCAGUGCGAUCGAGCUGUGGGUGGCAGAGAGUUGGUAUCGGGGAUUCUUCGAGACGGAGAGGGAGGCGAACGUGGACGCUGUGCGAGAUCUGGAGACCGUGAUCUAUGGAGAAGACGCAGUGACGCUGCAAAAUAGCCCUGCCGACCCACACAACCCACUCGGACAUCUUUACGUUCACCAAAUUCUCGAUGCCAUGCAGACGAAGAACAUGCUAUUCCUGUCGGAGCAAGCGGGAUACGGUGAUCUGGAUGCUCGAGCAGAAUUGGUACGGUUCCUUAUGGUUACGAUAGAUACUUUGACGGAGACCUUAUCAGGCAUAGAACUGCUUUUGAGGAAGUUUAUGAGGAGGAACAUGACGGGGAGAUGGAGGACUUUAUCUCUUUAUAUGCGUGAGGAUGCAUCCAACUCAGAUAAGGACUCCAGCUGGGAGAGGUCCAAACGUUAA